AUGGCCACCGCGGAGCAAAUCAACAAGCUCGUCGAAGCUCGAACCCAGAGUCUCAAGCAAGCUCUCGAAGACCAGGAUAUCGCGGCAAUCGUCUCCUGGCACGCAGAAGAGUCCCAAUUCUUCGAUCCAUUGCGAGAAGUCGACGGCCUCCCACGCGACAAACUCCACGACUUCUACUCCGUCCCGUUCAACAACUUCAACUCCUCCAAGAUCCUCAGCUCGAAGUCGACUGCAUCGACGCCCUUCUUUCAAGCGUGGGAGAUUGUCGGCGAAUCGACCGCGUUGGUCGACGAUCCGCUCAAUUCGGGGGCUAAGAUCGGGCACAAAUUUUUGGCGAACCUGGUCUCUUUGAUUUGGUGGGAGUGGGAGGGGGAGGGGGAAUGGACAGGCGAUUUGUCGGAGGAGUCGAUCCGGAAGUGGAAGAUCGUGAAGCAGCAUGAUUAUUGCGUGCCACAGAGAGCCAAGGAGGCCUGA